AUGGAUUAUUCAGCUGAUUUAAGCUAAAAGCUUUUAAGCAAGCCAUUUGGAGACAAUUAAAGCUAAAAAAGUAAUAACAGUCAUAAAACUGCAUAGCCUUACACAGUUACUAUAGAGGCAGCACUAUUUUUAUGCGGUAAUGCACACAAAUAUUAAUUUAAGGUUAUUACUUUGAUGUCUCUAACAUGUUUAGUAGCAGCAUUUUUAAAUAUGGGAUUUCCCUAUCUUUUUGAUACACCUCAAGUAGCAUGCUAUAAUUCUUCAUAGACAAAAGAAGAAGCAACUUAUUGUAGUAUUGAAAAUGCUUGCUCUGAAAAUACAAAUUAUUAUUAUCCUGAUUAAAAUUCAAACAAAUCUCUCACUGAGUAGUUCGAUUUAAUUUGUGCUGAAGAUUCUUAUGAGGGAAUUAGCGGCGCAUUAAUUUUAUUAGGUGGAUGCAUAGGAAGUUUGUACUAUGCAGAUUCUACUGAAAAAGCAGGUAGAUAAAAAGUAAUUAAAGAAUGCAUGUGGAUCAUGGCAAUAAGUUCUUUGUUGGCAACUUUUUCCAUCAAUAUUUAUAUGUUUUCUCUUUGCUUGCUCUUUUUUGGAUUAGGAUAUAGAGCCUUUUUCAAUGCAUGUAUAAUAUAUUUGACAGAAACAACUAGCAACACAAUUCGUUAGCUGGCUCCCAAUAUUUUAUCAAUAGGCUGGGCAUUAGGAUAAAUUAUCAUAGCUAUUUUGGCAAUGAUCAAUACCAGCUGGUACUAUUUCACAUUUAUAUACACAGCCAUUCCUCUAUUGGUUCUUAUUACUUUCUCCAGAACUAUUGUAGAAAGUCCCAGGUAUUUAGUUAUGAAAAAAAAAUUCUAGGAAGCGAAAGUAGCAAUAAUUUCUAUUUCAAAAAUCAAUUUCAGACCUUUGCCUGAAAACCUUAUGCUUCAAGAAGAGAUAAAAUAGUAGGCAUUCAAGAAUAAUUUAGAUAAAAUAUUAGGAGGAAAUAAAAUCAUGCAGCAAACAUAGUAAAAUCAAGGUUUAAUAUAAACAAAAGUGCAUUCCUUUAAAUGUCUUUUCGAGUAUAAUUCUCUUCGUAUAAGAACUUUCAUUUUAACAUAUUUAUGGUGCCUACUAAGUUUUGCUUACUUUGUUAGUGCAUUUGCAAUUGAGCAUUUUGCAGGAAAUAUCAAUGUUAACUUAAUUGGAAUGGGUAUUGGUGAAUUAAUUGCUUACCUCUAUUCAGGCUACAUAUCUUUGAGAUACCCAAGAAAAGAUAUCAUAAGAGGAAUUUUAUUUACUGCAGGAGUUAUCCAUUUGGCAUUUUUUGUCUUCUUAGCACUAGAUAGAACUAAUUCAUUUGUUAAGAUUAUCACUUUUGUAUCAAUAAUAGCUCUUAGAUUAGCAAUAAGUACCGGAAACUGUGUAUUUAAUGUUUAUAUUGCUGAAGUAUAUCCUACUUCCAUUCGUCACUACGCCUUUGGCUACUUCGGAUUCGCAACAAAACUCAUUGCUAUUUUUGCUCCUCCCUUUGUCUAACUUUGUGAAUCUAUUGGAACUAACCCAUUUAUUCCUUUAAGCAUAUUUUUCUUUAUAGGUAUACCCAUGUUAACUAAACUAAGAGAAACAUUUGAAUAGGCUCUUAAAGAGUAAGUAGAAGAGGAAGAAUCUGUAUUUUUAUAAAAUGAUAUCCCAUUAAUUUCUAUGGCUCAAAAACCAGUAAAUUUAAAUCGUUGA